CGCUGGAUCACGAGUUUUCAGUGGGUUCCCGGCAGCCAGCUGCAGGGGUGUGGCUCGCUGCGUCACUAGCUCGCGGCCUCCUCUUUCUCCCUGGCGGGGUGCGGAACUACAAGGAGCCCAGACUCCUGGAUUCCUGAGGAGUCCACCUUCACACGCAGCCCCUGGCCCAGGGAGUACCCCUCUCUUCUUCCAGUUGCCUCGGAUUCAACGCUUUGACCUUGGUCAGCUGCUGUGGUCAGUCUUUGCCACCUGUUGCUAGGUGCAUUUCUGAAAUGCCAUCCUGAGGGGCCCAGGACUAAUUGUGACCCACUUCAGUUUGUACUCGGAACGGUGGGAGAGGAGCUGCAGAAACGCACGUUUUUCUCAGUGAGGGAUUUGUUCUGGGGACUAGUCCUGCGUCACCAUGGUGCUCCAGGGUGGCCUAUUAACCCGCAGAGAGGAACCAGUACCCCUGAAGAGCAUCUCUGUUACCUUGUCCAUUCGUGAGUUUGUGGCUGGUGUGUCUGCUACCUUGAACUAUAAGAAUGAGGAGGAAGUUCCUUUGGAGACCUUCUUUGUGUUCCCCAUGGAUGAUGACUCAGCUGUCUACAGCUUUGAGGCCGAGAUGGAUGGGGAGAAAAUUAAAGCAGAAUUAAAGGAGAAGGCAAAGGCCCACAGCAUCUAUGAGAGUGCCAUCAGCAACCGCCGGCAAGCUUUCCUACUGGAGGAGGACAAGUACUCCAAGGACGUCUUCUGUUGCAGUGUGGGGAACCUGAACCCAGGGUCGAGUGUAGCGCUCACCCUGAAGUAUGUGCAGGAGCUCCCCUUGGAAGCAGAUGGAGCCCUGCGCUACGUGCUCCCAGCUGUCUUGAAUCCUCGAUACCGUGGCUCUGGAUCAUUUGAGGACAGUUGCCUUGAUAUGAAGACUCCUGUAGUUCCUUUGGAGGACUUGCCGUAUACACUCAGCAUGGUUGCCACCAUCAGUUCCCAGCAUGGCAUUGAGAGGGUCCAGUCCAACUGCCCCUUCAGUCCUACCAAGUACCUUGGAGAAGAUAAGACUUCUGCCCAGGUUUCCUUGGCUGAUGGACACAAAUUCGAUCGAGAUGUGGAACUCCUGAUUUACUACAGUGAGGUGCAUACCCCCACUGUAGCUGUGGAGAUGGGCCAACCUAGAGACAACUCAGAUGGUUUCAUGAAAGAUCCGUCUGCGAUGGUGUGUUUCUACCCAAAUAUCCCAGAAACUCAGUCACCAGUUAUCUCUGGAGAAUUCAUCUUCCUCAUGGACCGCUCAGGAAGUAUGCAGUCCCCCAUAAGUAAACAGGAUAACUCUCAGCUGCGCAUAGAGGCAGCCAAGGAAACACUGAUUUUGCUGCUGAAGAGUUUGCCUAUGGGCUGUUACUUCAAUAUCUAUGGAUUCGGAAGUUCCUAUGAGGCAUUCUUUCCGAAUAGUGUGAAAUACACUCAGCAGACCAUGGAGGAGGCACUGAGGAGAGUUAAACUUAUGCAGGCUAACCUGGGGGGCACAGAAAUCUUGACACCACUCCAAAUCAUUUACGGGCAACCUCCCGUUGAGGGCCACCCCCUUCAGCUUUUUGUCUUCACAGAUGGAGAAGUUGCUGACACGUUUAAUAUAAUUAAUGAAGUCAAGAGGAACAGGCUGAGGCACAGAUGUUUCUCCUUUGGAAUUGGAGAAGGAGCCUCUACCAGCCUAAUAAAAGGCAUUGCCCGAGUGGCAGGUGGCACUUCAGAAUUUAUCACAGGCAAGGACAGGAUGCAGUCCAAGGCUCUUAGGGCCCUGAAAUACGCUCUACAGCCUGCAGUAGAGGAUGUUUCUGUGACCUGGGAAUUGCCUGCUAAAUUGUCUGCUAAAAUGCUUUCGCCAGAACAGACUGUCCUCUAUAAGGGCCAGAGGUUAAUUGUCUAUGCCCUUUUGAGCGGGACUAUGCCUCCAGCAGAGGCAACAGGAGAAGUCUACCUCAAGUAUACAUUCCAGGGCAAGAGUUUCGACAAUAGGGUGACAUUUUCUCUACAGCCCAAGCCUGAUGACAACUUCACCAUUCAUCGCCUUGCUGCCAAGUCCUUUCUCCACGCCAAGGACAUGGGCUUCAGGGAUACUCCAGCUAAUGAUAAAAAAGAUGUGCUGAAAAUCAGCAUUGAUUGUGGAGUCAUUAGCUCCCAGACAGCCUUCGUUGCCGUCAGUGAGAAUUCCAACAAGCCAGUUCAGGGGCCUCUGGUCUGUAGGGACAUUCCAAGGCCAGUUCUUUUGGGUGCAGCUUCAGUGAUGCCACAACACUGUCCACGUGCUCCUCCAAGUUUCAUGUGCCUCCGUAGUGUAUCUCCGGCCACACGGAGUAAUCAUUACAAGGGACUAGACAAAGCCCAUGCUUUUGAUCAUAGACUAAAGAAGAUGUGCAUGUCUCUCAAAGAGACCUCUCCUCAGAUGGAAGGGGCUUGUUGUGCCACCCAGAGUACCAACUUGGAAGCUCACUGUACAGUCUUUGGAGAAAAUCAUCUUGUGCAGCUGAUCUCCCUCCAGAAUGCAGAUGGUUCCUGGUGUCUGGAUGAAAAUCUGGCUGGGAUCCUAGGUAAAAGUUUGGAAGACUUACAGGCUGCAGUCCCUGUCAAGGAUGCCAGUUCCUUAAGCUGGGCCACAGUCCUGGCAGUGGUCUGGCUGCAUUCCAAUGCUAUACAAAUGAAGGGUGAGUGGGAACUUCUGGAAAAGAAGGCCAGAGACUGGAUUCACAUCCAUGCAGCCUCCAUCAUGCAAGAGCUUGUGAAAGCUGCUAUCGCUUUGAUCAAGUCAUCCGUGGACCCCGCCAUCUUUGCCAUCUGAGGAGACUGUCCAGAAAUACAAGUGCCUCUCUCAUGCUACUGCCCUUUCCUUCAUGCUCUCCUGUGUAUUUUUGUAUUUUACCCCUAUCCUGUCAGUUUCUGGCCAUAAAAGUGAAGGAUGCCCAUCCCACCUUUCCUCUCCAGGUUCCCUUUGGGUAGGGUGAUCUUCUUUCCCUGGCAUGUAUCGUCAGCCCAGCGUCAGUGGUCCUAGAACCUGUUCCCCUUCUUGGAGGGAUUUCAAGCAUUCAUCGGCAGUAACAUUCCUCCCGGGUUUCCCAGAGUGACCACAUGAAAAACAGGUGGGGUGGACGCCACACAAAGGGUACAGCCCUGAUAUUAGGGCUGCAGAAUAAGGGAAUGCUAUGCAUUAUAGUCAUCUGUGCCUUUUGAUCUUACAUACUUAUUCAGGACCAGACAGGAGAGCUAUCCAAUUUUCUAUUCUAAGAUAGGACUGAGAAUUGGAGGGGAGGUUGAAAGCCAACAUCGGGAUCAAUACAACCUCGAGAUUGAGAUCACAAAGCAAGAGAGACUAUGGGGAUCCACUGUGAGAAAUGGCACUGCUGAUGGCCUUCUUGGCUGAUUCUGUUGGAUUUUGCUGGCCAAUACAGUGCCUUCCCUCUCAUUUCCUAAGGGAAUGGAUUGAAUCACACCUGUUGGAGACAGAUGUUUUUCCUGAAAUGUAAGGAGAUGACAAUGAGAUCUUUAGUCCUGGCUUGAACCCUUGAGGCCUCUAUGUUAGGCUUUGAUCUGUAAUGAAGGAAAAAGUGUAUUUAAAGGCAGUUUUGCCUGAGACCUGAGCCUGGUUCACUGAGCUCAUGAGGAAGAAAGGAACUCCCCAUGAUUGUUUCUGACCUUUGUCCUACAUACUCUAUUCUAGUGGAAAUGACCUGUUUGGUGUGCUGUCACCCAAAAUACUAUUGUAUCAAUAUUAAAAUGAUUAUAUGAUUA